GAUGCUAUGGAGGUAGACGAGCCACGCUUGAAUCGAUUCAAGCACCAAUCCUAUGCAGAGUCUCUCAAGAGCGUCCAUGUUCCGUCAAUAUUAGCCCAAACACCACAAGAUAAUGACCUGAAGGACCAUGAAUCUCAUUUCCACUCGUCGCUUGAACAUUGGCAACAACUCAAUCUUUCUCCCAGUUUCAUCCAGUUUGCCAAACGGGCAGGCCCACUUUCCGCGUCCUUGCCAUUGCUCCUUCACAACUGGCAAGAAGUAGUGCAGCUGUGGGUGACUGCGCUGGAUGAGUCAGACGACGAAGGACUGAGAGCUGUUCUUGAUUUGUUUCAAAAGCUCACCCAUGACUUGCGCACGACCAUCGCUGCAGCAUAUCUCGAUCCCGUAUUGCCACGACUACUUUCGCUCCUCCACCGUUCAAAAACGGUCUCCACGUCUGCUCUAACGGCACUCCUCGCAACAUUCGCCUCUGUGUUUAAAUUUCUCCUUGUCCCCGCCUGCUCCGAAGAUGACUCAACUCUUCUUGAUGCGACCUGGCGUGAAAUACGCGACACCCUUCCACGUUGUUUGCCUGAAGUCCAGCGUGCACUGGCGGAAGUUUGGGGGGGUGUUAUAAGACGACUGAAAUCCAGCGUUAGAGAACGAGCCGUUGUCCUAUUGUGUGAAAGUGUCGCCGACGAAGAAUCAGAUGUUCAAGAUGCUGUGGCAUGGGCAGUUGUCUAUGCAUGUCAAUCGGUCUCCCAAACAUUACACACAUGUGCUCCGUCUGUUGUUGGACCACUGGUCCACUUCCACGUCUUCACUUCGCCCUCUUCUUCCCGGACCCACACACUUUUGAAGCGAUCUUUAACCGCCCUCAUCCACCACGUUCGGAAUGCUGACAAUUUUAGCGUGGUUGCAGACAUUCUUGUGGACAGACUUGUCUCUUUGACGGCAGAACAACCAGAUGCAGCGAGCAUGAGAUCCAUGGUUGACUUGAUGUCUAUUGCGACCUCCGUCCGCAGUGGCACCCGACUGACGCCAAAGCACGCAAAUUCUAUUCUGAAAGCCUUUCCGUCUCUCUUUGCGAUCUAUCUUGCGUCUCCUUCAGACCAAUUGUCCGCAUCACUGCUUCACUUAGCCACGGCUGCACUUAUGGCAACGCCGGAGGCAGACAGCUCGUUUUGGAUGGGAAAGGGGCGGGAGAUGUUGGAUGCACUAUGGAAUAUGCCUGAUCGCGAAGCUACGCUAUUCUCCAUUUCCUUGACCGGCGCAUUAGCGGAGCUCGGUUGGCCGGGAUGGCGUGCAAUUGGACUGCCUCUCACUUUCAGAGCCUCUUCAAAAAUUCUAAGCGGAACUGAUGAUCAACUCCAAACAAGAACAGUAGCACUCCUCGCCCAACUCUGGCGGGCUAAGAAAUUUACUAGCGACGGAGAUGUAGUUUGGAGAAACUCCCUAGAAACAUGGAGUGUCAAGCAUCUUGGUGAAAUGAAGAACCGUGAUGUUGCUACACUUGAUUGGGAUCAGGCGGGAGUGCUGUCUAACAUAUUAACCCUAUCCUCGUCGUUCUCUCAAUCUUCUGGCAUUUCCGCCGCUCUUAUAUCACUUACCGACGCACAACUUGCUCAAAAUGAACCCUUGGAAGGAGUCACACCUCUGUUUGUUGGGAUGUGUAUGCGAGCGCUGUCGCAAAGGUCGCCAACGGAGUGGAAAGAUUUGAAACUCACAAAAUGGGUUGAGCAGUGCACCCAAGUUGAUAUCGUCUGGGCCACCUCCCCUGAGGUGCUCGAGGCUCUUGCUGCUCUUCUCUCCACGAGCGCAGCUGAGUCUGUUGAUAUCGAGUUGAUGUACCCAGCUUUGGCGCCUGCCAUUCUCUCCAACUCUCGGCCUCUUCGACUGGCUGCGCUUCGACUUUUAGCGGCAACUCGGCCAUCUGACGCCCGUGAGGUGGUGAAACGGUGUUUAGCUGGCGAGGAAGUUCCCCUCGAAGUGCAAGGUGUCCGUGAGCGUGUGUUGAGGAUCGGAAGAGUAGAGUCCAUCGUGAAGGAUAAAGAAAAAGAGACCGAUAUUGGACCAGAUGUCUGUGCUCGGUGGCUGAUUGCGCAGCUCAAAGUUAACCUUCGACCGUUGUGGUCACCAGCUGCUGGCGCCUUGGCUCAAAUGUCGCAACGUUUUGGCGAUGACGUCUGGGGUUUGGUGUUCGCUGAAUUGCAGCAGGUGUAUGCAAACCCCAAUGUAGUCCGGGGUCCAAGCUCAGACCCCAUCGAAGACACGGAUGACGUGAGAGAAGAUGAGCGCUCGUGGCGGGAUCCUAAUGCCUACAAACUUCGUACUGCUGUCAGGAAAUGGCUUGACUCCCGUCAUCAUGUCGCUGAACUUAUGGCUGCGGCCGACCCAUCUGAGCGAUUUGACCCCCAAUCAUACGAAUCUCAGCUGCUAUUUGCAUUGGGAGAAAGCCCCGAACUAGUCCAAAAACACAACCGCGAUAUCGUCUCCUUCUUUCUCGAGCUUGUCUCUUCGGAAUCAAAACUGGCUCGUCAUAAGCUUGCCUCUUGGCUGACUCUCUUCUCAAAGCUGAGCAAUCCGAAAGCUCUAUAUGCGACCGACGCUCUGCGAAAUUUCUACCUUUCUACUCUAUCAUACCCAGACCGAAAUCUUCAAUCAAGCGCAUUAUCCUGUGUUCUGAGCUACAAAUCGCCGCACUUGGUACCUCAUGAGUCGCAGCUCCGGACCUUCUUGGACGAUACGCGUUGGCGUGACGAGCUCAGUCGCUUGGACCUUACUCAAGUCCAGUCACAUGACCGCGUCGAAGUUAUUGACGUUCUCAUUCGCCUUCUCUUCGGAAUGAUGCUGGAAAAGAAAGGUCGCUCGAGAGGCGCAGAUCGACGAGCAGCAAUUCUGAGUGCCUUCGCUGGUUGCACCGACGUAGAGCUUGGGCUUCUGGUUGACCUAAUGCUGAAGUCAUUUGGAGACACUUGUAACGGGCGUCGCGACUCGGUUUUCGCAAUUCAGACCGUGCCGUCUACCGCUAGUGGGAAACAGCAAAUCGGGUUUCUCAGCCUGCUUGGGGAAGUCAUCAAGCACUUAGGUUCACGAAUAGUGAAAUACUGGCCAGUGCUCCUGGGCAGGACAAUGGAUUGCAUUGCGGAGGCUCAGUCCCGUAUCGCUGGGAGUAUUGAGGACGUGGAGCUAGACAAUUCAGACGCGGAAGAUGACGACCCAAACCCAACCUCUUCUCCCACCAAAAAAUGGCGAACCAUCCGCCAAUUGGGCCUGAAACGCUUGGCCGAUUUUUUCCGAUGCCAGGUCGACUUCGACUUCGACUUCUACAUGCCCGUUGCUUUUGAAACAUUCAUCUCUCCACGUCUUCCGGCGCUCGACAAGGAAAAUACUCAAGCACCCUCGGCUCUGUUGGAAUUAUUCAAUGUUUGGACUUUGAACGUCCGACACAUCACCUUCCUUACACAGUACGACCAGCGUUUAUUGCCCCAGAUUUAUGCCUGCCUGACCGCGACUAAUGUCAAGCCUGCAGUCGUGUCCAAGGUUUUCGAUAUGGUCGAGAAGAUAUUGGAUGUCGCCUCUAUUGAAAAUCAAGUCUCAAAUAUGGUCAUGAAGCCCCAUGUCUCCAUUCUACUCCAGAAUCUGGCCAGUCUUGUUGAACGAUCCAAUAUUACCACCCUCUCCAGCCCGCUUGGCCAGCGCCAGAUCGGAAUUUUGGCGAGCAUCGCACAGUACUCGACAAAUGCUUCCCAAGCUUCAACGCUUCUUACUUUGUUCACCCCACUCUUGCUUCGACCAGCAAAGGUUGUUCCAGAAAAAGUGAAGGGCGAUCUCUUAACCAUCAUCGGCAAUCAGAUGGCCCUGAUCUCGGAUCUCAAGGAUGCCAACUCGCAAAUCUACGCCAAGACGUUUGAACUGUUAUCGCGUUUGUUGCAAUCGCUCCGGUCGCGUCCUGCCCGUUUGGCCCUCAUUGCCGCUUUCCGGCAUCUAUCAGCCCUCGAUGCCUCCCUUGACCGCAUCGUUGAUAUUCUUGACUCACUGAACGCUUAUUCGGCCAGAAGAGUGGACGAGCCAGAUUUCGAACGUCGCCUUAGUGCCUUCGUCUCAUUGAACGAGACAUUGUUUGGCUCUCUUUCUGUCUCGGAAUGGCUCCCGGUCAUUUACAGUAUGCUGCAUUCAAUUCAAGACCCAGCUGAGCUUGCAAUCCGCACCAGUUCAGCCUUUUCACUCCGCCAUUUCAUUGAUUUGGUAGCCACAGGCUCUGUCGACCACGAAACCAUGUUCCUUCGCGUUCUUUAUCCUGGCAUCAAGAACGGAUUGCACUCCAGGAACGAAUUGGUCCGGGGAGAGCUAUUGGGUGUCCUGGCGUACGCAGUUCACAAAUGCGACAGCAUCAGUCCUUUGCAGGACAUGCGUGUUCUGCUUGCCGGCGGAGACGAAGAGGCCAAUUUCUUCAACAACAUCCACCAUAUUCAGAUACAUCGUCGCUCUCGAGCCCUGCGACGACUAGGAGACCACUGUGACGAGGGACAACUUCGGAGUAGCACACUCGCUGAGAUCAUGGUGCCUUUGGUGGCGAACUACAUUGCGGAUACGACGCUCGUUGACCAUCACCUUGUUAACGAUGCCAUUACAGCAACAGGCCGGAUGGCCAAACACCUGUCUUGGGGUGCUUAUUACGCCUUGGUUCAAAAGUACCUGCGACUCUCCCGAGCCAAAGAUGCGUCAGAGCGUGUCUAUAUUCGCACAUUGGUCGCCAUUCUUGACAACUUUCAUUUCUCGAUGGAGCAGUCGAUUCCGGCCGUCGAAGUUGGGCAGGAUGGUAACAAUGGCGAGGAAGAUUCUGAGGACGACGUCGCUCCAGUAACUACGCCUGCAACUUUGCAAAGUUCAGCGCGAAUUGCCGAUGCUGUUAACCUACGGCUCUUACCCAACCUGUUGAACCAUCUGGAGAAACGUGACGAAAAGACUGACGAUACAACUCGCAUCCCUAUUGCAGUUGGUAUCGUUCGAGUUGCGCUUCAUCUUCCUGUCGCCAAUCGCGAGGCUCAAGUUUCACGCUUGCUCACGAUUCUCAGCCAAGUAUUCAGGAGUCGUUCUCAAGAAACACGUGACUUAACCAGGGAAACAUUGGCUCGGAUCACUGUCAGCCUUGGACCCACAUACCUCCCUCUUGUAUUCCGUGAACUGCGCGCCGCGCUGCUUCGCGGCCCUCAGCUCCACGUUUUGGCCUAUGUCACGCAUUCAUUGCUCGUUCACGUUUCUUCCGAACACAAUGUCAAAACGUUCAGCACCCUGGAUGAUUGCGUUUCCGAUGUUGCGCAUAUCUCGGCUGAAGUGAUCUUUGGAGAGUCAGCGAAGGACGUGAUGGCAGAAGACUUCAAAACCAAAAUGCGCGAGGCUAAAUCCUCGUCCUCGAAAGGCCUCGACUCGUUUGGAAUUAUCGCCCGAUUCAUCACUCCCCAGCGUCUGAGCAAUCUUCUGUUGCCUCUCCGGGCCAUUAUGCACGAGACCGUAUCAGUUAAGAUGAUGCUCCUGGUGGAAGAGGUUCUACGCAGGAUAACAACAGGUCUUAAUGCCAACGAACAUCUUACCCCUCCAGAACUCCUUGUCCUUUGCCAUACCCUGAUCAGCCAGAAUGCAAAAUUCCUGAAGGAGGGGUCCAUCAAGCGCAAAGGCAAACCCAAGGGCGAUGCUAUCGUUCAGACAAAACGUCAUAUAGCGGUAGAGGAGGAUCACUAUGCCACCAACUCGUUUCGAUUCAUCUCCUUCGGUUUAGAGCUAUUUAAUACUGCUCUUCGCAGGAGUCGAUUUGACUUCCACGAUGCAAACAUCAUUCAGAGACUGGACUCCAUGGUCGUUGUUAUUGGCAACACUCUCUACACCAACGCUUCACCUGUUCUUAUAGCUGGCCUCAAGGCUGCUGCCGGUAUUGUAAAAUGCCCUCUCAAGACGCUCGACAAAUCCGUUCCCGUCUUUGUACGCCAAAUUCUUGAUAUCAUCAAGCAGGCCGGCAGCACAGAGUCGGAGGUAGUUCAGGGUGCAUUCAAAUCACUUGCCACCAUUCUCAGAGAUGGCCCUCCCGUUAAAGUCCAGGAGAAAGACUUGGUUUUCUUACUGGAGCUUCUGACGCCAGAUCUCGAAGAGCCCACUCGACAGACGUCUGCUUUUGCCAUCCUUCGUAGCGUCGUUGCACGCAAAUUCGUCGUACCAGAAAUCUACGUCGUUAUGGAGAAGGUUGCUGAGAUCAUGGUUACCAGCCAGUCUCCCCAAGUUCAAGAGCUUUGCCGUAGCGUCCUCUUACAGUUUUUGCUGGACUAUCCUCAAGGAAAAGGUCGUUUGCGAACCCAAAUGACCUUCCUAGCGAAGAACCUCUCGUAUGAGUUUGAAAGCGGGCGAAAGUCGGUGUUGGAACUCCUGGGUGCUAUUUUGGCAAAGUUCGAAGCCGCUCUGGUGGAUGAAUAUGCGGAUCUCUUGUUCGUCACUUUGGCCAUGUCCAUAGUGAACGACGACUCUACCAAGUGUCGCGAAAUGUCUGCACAACUCAUCAAGACACUCUUCUCGAGAUUAGACAACGGAUCCCGUCAAAAUAUUCUCUCCCACUUGCAUUCCUGGGCCUCGCAGUCAGCUCAGCCCCAACUCACUCGCGUCGCGUUCCAGAUUUAUGGCUCUGUGAUCGAACUGAUGGAAUCUGAUGGCACAGCACACGUGACCUCUAUACUUAAAGAUGUCAACGCCUCUCUUCAACUGAGCCGCCAGGAGCUCCUGGAUACCGCAACGGACGAGAAAGACGCAAUGGAGGUGGAGCUGGACUGGCAACGUCCUUAUCAUUCUUUGAGCCUCAUCGCCAAACUUUUGCGCGUAUUUCCUGCCAUCACUACCGAAUCAUCCGGUGUAGACUGGGACUUGAUCGUUGCGCAUCUACUCUUUCCCCACUCGUGGGUUCGAAUUGUGUCCUGCAAACUGGUUGGUAGUUUGUUCGCUGCCAUUCCUCCUGCGCCGCCAUGUGACCUGCCACCACCCCUCUCUGGCGAAACAGCACUCCGGGACAUCGCCCUUAAGCUUUCAACUCAAUUGAAAAGUCCGCAUCUCGAUGAGGCUCUCAGUCUGCAGGUGGUUAAAAACCUGUUCUAUAUUGGAAAAUGCUUCGCGGCCGGGUCAUCGCCGUCAGAGGAAGAAGUGGAUGCGGCUAGCGACGAUGAGGAAAAGACGACGCAUUCGAAUCCUUUGCCUUGGAUGUUUUCGAAGCUGUCUUAUCAGAUUCGAUCGUCUCAUAUUGCACGAAGAAACAAAGCUUCAAGCGCGUCCAAUUGGGCUCAACAACCCACGGCAGUUCUGCGUUGGUUCGCAGCGAUGGCGGCACAUAUGGACGAGGCCAAGCUCAAUUUGUUCCUCGUUCAUAUCCUCACACCCGUAUAUCGCAUCACGGAGGAUGACACAAUUCGUGAUUCACAAAUGGCUGAGAUGAAGACCCUUUGUGUGGAGCUCCAGGAUCUCGUUCAAGCCAAAGUUGGGGUGACCAAGUUCUCCGCUGUCUACAAUCAAAUCCGUCAAGGCGCGCUUGGCAUGCAGCGUGAACGGAAGGCCACCCGAGUUCUGCAGGCCACGGUCAACCCUGAGGCUGCAGCGCGAAGGAAACAUCAGCGGAAUGUGAUCAAGAAGGAGAGUAAGAAGCGGAAAGGGGCUGUGCUUGCAGAGGGUCGUGGUAAGUUAAAACGAAGGAGGGAGGAAUGA